UGAUUUCAGCUGUCGAAAUAUUCAAUUUUGCGUGUUUGGAAUUCGAUUCUUGUUGUUUUUGCUUAUUAAUGGCUGUUCGGUCGUAGAGUAACGCAUUGCACGAUCAAAACAUCCGAUGGACAUCAUCCCGGUUCGACAGUGUCGACUGUGUCUACACUAUGUGGAGGAAUCAGAUGGGACAGAAUGUCCUGCUGCUACCCACACCCAGGAGGACACUAAAAACCAUUCCCUCAUUGCUAAGAUUCGCGAAUGUUUAGGUGUAUCGGCUCCACCGGAUGGUAGCCUGUUUAUUUGCCGGAACUGCACAGUAACCGUCGAUAUGAUUGAUGAAUUCCGAACCCUUUGCCAACAGGCAGCUGAAAUAUACAACUUGGUUCCGAUACUAUCAGUAGAAGACGCCAAAUGUAUGCAGUAUUACAACAGUGUAAAUGAAUUACACAAGUUCAUACGAGAGAAACGAAACGCAGUCAGCGAAGUCGUUGCAGGCAGGGAACCGGAAUUCAUAGACGUUACGUUGGACGAGUUCCCCAUAAAACAAGAACCAGAAAUUGACGAUGAAAAGCUCCAGUCGGAACUGCUCGAGGAUGAGGUCGCAGAUGAUCAUGUCGUUGUGUAUAAAAUGGAAAACGUCUCGGAAUCGGAAGAAGACGAUGUUGAAGAUUAUGAGAUGAACGAUUGCGAUUCAUCGCCAACCCCUUCCCGAGUAAAACGACGGAAAGCUCGUGAAAGGCGGGCAGAAACUGAAAGCCGUGAGCUUGGUAGGACUAAAAAUGGACUGGUGGAGGGCAAGCGACUGAUAUCUCUUCCACUUAAACUCGCCAUUGCACAAGAAGUAAGAAAGCAUCCACAACUGUGGGACAUUUCGAUAGCGAGCUCUGCUCAAAUUAUCGACGAGACGUGGGCUAAAUUGGCGCAAAAAUUUGAAACAGAUUUGCCAACCUUCCGCUUCUACUGGCGUCGUAUGAAAGACAAUUAUCGUAUAUUGCAGAAAAGAAAGAAAAAAAUUACCGGGGAUUCAACUUAUGCGCGAUUGAUUUCAGUAUUGACAGAGAUCUACGAUGGCGGCAAGAAACAGAUCAUAUCGGAGGAAGGCGUGAAUGCUAAGGUUAUAGCUAAAGACGGAGGAGAUCCGUUCAGAAACGAUAAGAGAAAAUUAAUUCUACUCCAAACAGUGUACAACUUUCCAGUUAUAUGGAACAGCAAACAUCUAGAUCAUUAUAAUCAAGAUGUGCGAGAUCACGUCUGGGAUCAGAUCGCGGCUGAUUUGGGCGUAGCGCCGAGCAAAGCUAAAGAAUGUUGGAAGGGUUUGCGAGUAUUUAAGAAACGUUUGCAGCGGCUAACCAGGGGACAGUUACAGCAGAAAUAUCCUCUUAUAACCGAUGCUUUGUAUAAAAUGUUAACUGAAAUAUUUGGUACGGUAAUGGAGGAAGCGGAGGAAACCGAUGCUGUGAAAACGAGUGAAUUGCUUGAAGAAUUCAAAGUUUUCGAAAAUGACAGAAAGCUGGAACUUGCACAAAUUUGUUUUGAUUAUGAGAUUAUUUGGAACACUCGCCAUCCUGAUCACAGUUCAUCCAAAAUGAAGGACGCUACUUGGGACGAAAUUGCUGGAAAAAUGAAUAUUUCGCGGGCUGAGGCAAAAUAUCAGUGGAUUCGUCUGCGAGGAGUAUACCGUGCACGGUACUUGCGCUUAUUGGAAGGGUUAAGCAGUACUGAGGACAAAGUUUGUUCAGAACCUUUGUAUCAAUUGCUGGAGAAAAUGCUUAGCGGGAAUAUGAAAAUUGGAAAGUCGAGUGGAGUAAGCGAACGACGGUCGAAUCUAUUUUUGAACAAUGUGGAGCUAAGGAUUAGAUUACUCGAAGAAAUAUCGAAACAUGAGAAUCUUUGGAACACGAAUCAUCCUGAUUUCCGCAACAAAAGAAGUCGCGAAUCUAACUGGAAGAAAAUUGCCGCCGAGUUCGACGUUAAGCCAUUAGCUGUGAAAUCCGAAUGGAUACGACUUAAAGAAAUGCAUUCCUCAGCGGUUUCCGACGUGUCUUGCAGCGAUCAAAAUAUGUCCACUGACGAACGAUUGCACACGUUGCUGAAUCAAUUAUUGCCGACUACCGAGAAAAAAGCCCCGAAAGAAAUUCUAAAAGAAAUUGACGGCAAACCGAGAAAAGAUCUCAUGAGGGAAGGACCCAAACGCCGGUUCCGAGGAAUGACAACUUAUGAUAGCACAGGUUGCGUGCAAAUUGCGGAUGGCAAAGGAACGAUGCGUCAUUAUAAAAUUUGCGAACUUUGUGGAAAGCCAGUCGAACGGUCCUUGUUCGAGUACCACAUGAAUCAACAUAACGGAUUGAAGCCCUACGCGUGUUCCUUCGUCGGCUGUGACAGACAAUAUAGCAACAAAAUUACCCGAAACCGUCAUGAAGUGAUAGAUCACGGAGAGGAUGGUUUUAAAUUUGAUUGUAGUGAGUGUGGAGCAAAAUUCAAGCAACGGUCCAGGUUUGAGCUUCACUAUGCGUUGAAGCAUAAAAGCCAAGAGUUGCCGUGUGAUUUGUGUGGAAAGCUGUUCAAACAUCGCAAGCUUCUACAAAAACAUAAAGUCCUUCAUACGAGUCAUCACACCUGUAAAGUGUGCGGAAAGAUCCUUCAAAAGAAGUGGACUUUACAUGUACACAUGCGUGUUCAUACCAAGGAAAAGCCUUAUCCGUGCGAGCUGUGCGAUCAACGGUUCAUGCUGAAGGUCCAAAUGAAAACACACCUACUUAAAGUUCAUGGCGUUCUGUUGCAAGAUCUUGAAGCCAUGAAAGCUAGUGCAGCAAUAUCAAAUGAUUAAAGUAGUUUUACAAUUGUUUUAAUAAAUAUACUGAACGUGAUGAAUUUAGCACCACUUGCACCUGAUAUAAUCAACCGGACCAAAACGUUGCAUAACGCAGGGCUGAUUUUUGGAACAACACGUGUUUUCAUUCAGAGAUUCAGCCCUUCGUUAUUCAAAUUCGCGAUAUUAUGACAGAUCGGUUAAGCGCGGUGUUUCAUGGAGCGCGGCCGUUCUUUUCAAACGGGAAAGCUUGCGUGGUAUUUUAGGUAAAUGCGCUAAUAGUUCGUGUGUGAUUUUUUCUUGCCGAUAGUGAACCAGGGUUUGCAAGGCAAACAACAAAAAACAGCACUGCAAUCAUCCGUACAAGGCGGCAAUCGAAGCGGCAAUUGCGUCAGCAUACACAGCAGAAAAAGUUUCAGUCAGGAAAUAAGAGAGUGUAAUACAUCCGGACAAUUGUUCGGAUUAACCGUAAGUACACUGG